CCCGGGUCACGGCCCUGCCUGCGGCGGUCGCGGGGACACGCGGCCGACCGAGUGCGGUCGGUCCCACGCCCUGCCCCGGGAGUUCGCUCCGGUCCGCGGCAGGCGCGGGCAGACCAACAAACACACCAUAGGAGCUUUGUGGAUUCAAAGGAUUUGCUUUCGCUUCUGAAAGAGCCGCUAUUCUUUGAUGAUUGGGUAGCGGCAAACUUCAAAGCCAUAAAUCUUCCCUCUGACUGGCUGGCGGCCCAGCAAAGUCCUUAUCAAAUUCUUGGAGGUGAUCCUGAAGCGCUCAGACCGCGCGCGGGGCGAGCGAGCUGGCGCGGGCGGGGAGGGCCCCGGCACGCAAAGCGGACGCCGGGGAGGCACGCUGGGCUGCCGUUCGUCCUCGCCUUCGGGUGUCCAUGCCUCGGCGGUGGCGCCCCGCUCCACAGCGAGCGGCCUCCAAGCUGUAGCCAUGGCCGCCGUGGCUGUCCUCCGGAACGACUCCCUGCAGGCCUUCCUCCAGGACCGCACCCCCAGCGCCUCCCCGGACCUGGGCAAGCACUCGCCCCUGGCGCUGCUGGCCGCCACCUGUAGCCGGAUCGGCCAGCCAGGCACGGCAGCGGCCCCGGACUUCCUGCAGGUGCCCUACGACCCAGCGCUGGGCUCACCCUCCAGGCUCUUCCACCCCUGGACCGCGGACAUGCCGGCGCACUCACCGGGCGCGCUGCCUCCCCCGCAUCCCAGCCUGGGGCUGACGCCACAGAAAACGCACCUGCAGCCUUCUUUUGGGGCUGCACACGAGCUACCACUCACACCCCCAGCUGACCCCUCGUAUCCCUACGAGUUCUCGCCGGUCAAGAUGCUGCCCUCGAGCAUGGCAGGUCUGCCUGCCAGCUGUGCACCGGCCUACGUGCCCUACGCUACGCAGGCUGCCCUACCGCCGGGGUACUCCAACCUCCUACCCCCGCCGCCGCCUCCGCCGCCCACCUGCCGCCAGUUGUCCCCCAACCCGGCCCCCGACGACCUCCCGUGGUGGAGCAUUCCUCAGUCAGGCGCUGGGCCAGGGGCCUCCGCGGUUCCAGGGGGCGGCCUCUCCAGCGCCUGUGCCGGGCCCCCCCAUGCUCCGCGCUUCCCUUCCUCUGCUGCCGCUGCCGCUGCCGCGGCCGCCGCCUUGCAACGGGGCCUGGUGUUAGGCCCGUCGGACUUUGCGCAGUACCAGAGCCAGAUCGCCGCGUUGUUGCAGACCAAGGCCCCCCUGGCGGCCACGGCCAGGAGGUGCCGCCGCUGCCGUUGCCCCAACUGCCAGGCGGCGGGCGGCGCCCCUGAGGCGGAGCCGGGCAAAAAGAAGCAACACGUGUGCCACGUGCCGGGCUGCGGCAAGGUGUACGGGAAGACGUCGCACCUGAAAGCACAUCUGCGUUGGCACACGGGUGAGCGGCCCUUCGUGUGCAACUGGCUCUUUUGCGGCAAGAGCUUUACGCGCUCAGACGAGUUGCAGCGGCACCUGCGGACUCACACCGGCGAGAAGCGCUUCGCCUGUCCCGAGUGUGGCAAGCGCUUCAUGCGGAGCGACCACCUUGCCAAGCACGUCAAAACGCACCAAAAUAAGAAGCUCAAAGUUGCUGAGACCGGGGUUAAGCGGGAGAACCCGCGGGACCUGUGAGCCCAUCCUGGGCCGAGGUCACUCCCGCCUCAGACCCCCUUCCCAGUACCUCUUGCGGAGGUCCCGGGGUCUGUGGGCAGCAGGCGCAAGAGACUUAGUAGAUGAACUUCAGUUGUCCGCCUCCCAAAGUAGAGCCUGGCUCUCACUUUCCUUAGCCCUAGAACAGAGGGACGGUUGGGAUCUGGGACUUGUAGGGUCAUGGUUGGGAUGUUGAGUUACCCUAGGAGUGGUUGUAAACUCUGAAUCACUUCCACCAUCUGGGAGACCUACAGUUGGGAGGUAUCACCCAGAGCUGGCCUUGUAUAUAGGAAACGCUGCUGAAUGAAAGCGAAAGGACCUUGGGAGAUUUUAAAUAUUGCUCGGGUUUUCGCUAGGACCCUUCGGGCUUUGUACAGGUUAUUUAAUAGCUUUGUUAAAGAGUAAUUAUAAUAAUUAUAACAUUAAUAAAAUGUUUUCUUUGUCCUCAGCUACACGCAGAGCUACAGCAUGGUAUGUCUCUGUAAAGCGACCAGCAGUUGCAGCGUGAAAAUAAAUACGUUAGGGUCACCUUAGGAAGACCCCGCAGAGUAGAUCUCAUUUGAUCUUUUCUUCUUCCGGGAGGCUUUACAAAGCGGUCAGGUUUCACUGGGAAUUUGAUGGCUCCAGUGUGCUGCAUGUGUCGGCGGCUUCUUUGGUUUGCGAAGUCAUGGGCAAGCAUUGGGUGCAUGGAUAGAAGUAGGGCAAGGUCAGAUUUGUAGUAGAGGCUAGGGUAAGAUUCUCCCGUCAGUUUGAGUUUCUCCUGCGGCUUUAGGACUUCACUGUCGGGUUGUGUUUGCAGAAACCUGUGCAAAUAACAAUAACCAUUCUUUUUUUAAGUGGCGAAUUCCCUGAGGCUUUCCAUUUGUUGGUACUCUCAGGACAGGUCACAAACAGGUGCUGUAUCUCCCUGGAGUUUGGUUGUACUUGGGUCAGGGAGACAGGUUGUAAGAAUAGAUAGAUGUAAGAAUCUGUUCACAGGGUGAGAUUUGGAGUUAAAGGGAACAGAGAAACUGGGGACCCUAGUUAUGAUUGUUCCUUGCCUGGAAGAGAACCAGAAAUAUAACCAUUCCCAGAUGUCACUUCCAUAUUUCAGCCCAGUCAACAUUUACAACUACUGUCUUGCUUGCUUCUUAAUUUUUUUGCUAUGGAAAUAUUAACAAGUCUUGUAUCAAAGUAACUAACUAGAAAUAUCUGGUUAGACCAGGACAUUUAAUUCCAUUUUGUAUCUUGGGAUUUUAUUUUGUUUUUUAAUCAUCAGAGUAGACUAAGAUUAUUCUCAGGGAGGACCUUACAGCUUGGAAAUGUGGAAACAGGAUAUUUUUUAUCUCAACUUCUCAUCUUUCUCUAAAAUUUGAAAUUUUAAAGUUUACAGUGUGUUUUUCAAGUGUCUCAACUAACUUAUUGGUGUUUGCUAAUAUUUGAAUUUUUAAGCCUGAAACUUGAAUCUUAAUGAGCAGUUAAACCUUUUGAUUUAGAAUUAGCAAAAAGAGAUAAAACAGAAAGGAAAUGGCUUAAAAUUUUUUAAAAUAUUAACAUCAUAAAUGACAAAUUUCAAUGGAUAAUCUUUUCAUAAUAGAGGUGUAUGUAAAUGGAUAAUAUUUCAUAACUUACAAAUUACUGCUACCUUUGUAUUUUGUUUGAAAUCAAAGAGUAAAUGCUUAAAAGUUAACAGGGUUGGUCUUAAGACUUGCAUUAAAUAAUAUUCCAACAUGAACAUAAUUGAGAUGAAAAUUACUUUUAUACUCCUAAGAAAUAGAAUUUUACUAUAUAAUGGACAAGAUAACAAAUGAAUAUUAGAUUCUUUGUGGAAGUAUGCCUUGGAGCCAUUUACUUUCAUUUUAGAUUUUGGAACUAUUUAAUGACAUAGGAAUGUGAGUGGUUCUGGUUCUUUAUCUAGGAAAGGCAAUUUAGGCUCAAUUUUCAAGGGUGUGGCAGUUUUGCAAGCAAUAAUGAUAAAGUUGCCGAACAGUAAUAGUAAUAUACAUGUAAAUGUGUAUUCUUCAUCUAGACCUAUUCUAGUUAAUCUAAUCUUGAUUUAGAUGGAGAAUAUACAUUUACUUGUACAACUCAAUGUGAGGAGUUACAGAAACUUCCAUUCCAUGAAGUUACAGAAAUUCUCACAGCUGAAACAUGCCCUAAGAUCAACUUCAGAAUCAGAAAAGGUUUCUUGGCAGGUGAUGGGGAAAGGAAUCCUUGUGAGAGAGUGAAAAGACCAAGGGCUUUGAACUCAGGAAAUUUUAAGUGAUUAUCACAUAUGAGAGAAUGCCUUUGGUAGAAAAGAAAAACAGCAAUUUUGAAAUGAGUCUAAUGGCUAUUACUGACGGGUAUGAUUUAUAUAGUAUUCAAAGGGAUGAAGUGUUGAAAAUAAAAUUCAGUGAAAAUAGCUAUAAAGUGUGGAAUUUAAAAUCUAAACCGAUGAGGUAUUGAAGAUAGUUUUCUUAUAACCAUGUGUUUGUUUAAAGGACAAGGUAAAAGGUAUGGAAUUUACCAAAAAUAAGGCACAUACAAUUUUAAAGCAAAACAAAGUCAUUUAUGGCAAUAACUUUUUUUCUUAUGGUUGAGCUUAAUAGAACCUACAAAUAUUUUUAACUACAGUAAAAUUCGUCUUUAACUUGAUAUAGCUGAAAACAUGUUGCUCAUUUACCACUGCAAAUCUAGCUCUAGUUACUUCAGAAAAAAAUUAUUUAUGCCAUUUUCCAAGUGGACAUCAAGAAGCCAUAAUAAUGUGAUAUUACUAUCCAAGCAUAGGAAGGAAUUUCAUGUUGAUACUGAAAAUAAGCUAUUAACUGCUCAAAUGCAAGUUUGAAAUGUAUUAGUUUACAAGCUGUUAAAAUUUGAACUGCUGCUGUAUACUUUUUCAGAAAACUGCAACCAGAGUACAAUUUAAGGCAUGAAAAAUAUUUUUAAACAUACCAGUAUGCAAGAAUUAAUACUAUACAUAACAUGCAUAAGUAUCAUUGGAGCAGAAAAAUUUAAUGAAAUUUAAAUGAGAAUUUUGGUAGCAAGCUACUAUUAAUAUAACUAAAUUAACUAAAUUUUUAAAAUUGGGGUUUGCCAGCAUCCAAAAACCAAGUUUAAUUCACCAACUUUAUUCAAGGCUUUACAUAAAGAUAGCACACAAUUCAAUUAAGUGUUAAAAAUUAAUUGAAUAUGCUAAUGAUUGCCUAAUGUCACUAGACUUUUUAGAUCUUUAAAAGCAACUGUUUUGGUAGCAUGCCAAAUAUAGAAUGCCAUAUUUUAGAAAAAUUUAAAAGUAGUGAUAUAUUAUUUUAAACUUUAUACUCGUGAACCAAUGAAAUCUUUUGAUCAACAACAUGGAAACAGAAAUUGAGUUACCAGCAAAUUAGCUAAUUUGGAAUGGUGUAUUUAUGAGCUUAACAGAGUUUUUUGCUUUUCUCAAGGGAAAAUUAUGUAAAUAUACCUUUCGCUAACCACUAAUAUUUAAUAGUUCUGGUAAUGGAUGAAAGUAAAUUAUGUUAAGGAAAAUAUAUCUGUUAUUCACCUCUAUGUUAAUCUUUUCUAGAUUUUUCUAGAGUUUAAAUCUUUUUUGAGAUGCUGAAGGUCAAACCCAGAGCCAGGAGCAUGCUAGGUAAGCACCAAGCUACAUCCCCAACCCCUAGAGUUUAAAUCUAUAACUAUGUGGCUUAUAUUGUUUGUUUGCCUUAAGUUAAACAAGACAUGUCAAUUAAAAUAUUAAUCUUGCUGAAGCAUGAUUCUUGCAGAUACCUAUUUCAAACAAUGACAUUUAUAGAAAAAGCAGUUUCGACCCCAGAUUGCACUGUUUUGAAAUACUAUAGGUUUUUAAAUCAUCAUUUUAAAGCAGCAGCAUUUUUCAUUUAUUUUGGUUCUGUUGUGAGAGUUUCACAGAAUGUUACAACAGAAGUAGCUAAGACUUCAAAUUCACGAAAAUACCUACCGAGUUAUAUAGGUUCUAAAAUUGCAAAUCUCUUUAACUUGCUUUAGCUCAUCACAUUACAUAAUGGCAAAGUUGACAGUGUUUCCUUAAGAAAUGGUUUGUAUUAAGGAAUUAAAUUCAUACCUUAAGUAAAUGUAACUAUAGUUUAAUUCCUAAUUAAAUAUCAUUACCUUCCUCCAGCUUAAAUGACCCCCCCUCCAUUACUGGGAAUUGAACCCAAGGGUACUCUACCACUAAGCUACAUCCCCAGUCCUUUUUUAGUGUGAUACAGUGUCUUGCUCAGUUGCCAAAGGUGCCCUUGAACCUCAGCUCCUACCUCAGCUCCCAAGUAACAAGUAGAGGAGAAUUUUAAAGGAAUAUGAGAAAAAAGGAAAAAAGAGAAAAAACAUAAGAACUAGGGCAGUUUUUAAAGUCUACAUGCCCAUCAUAGUUUGAUAAAGUAGGAAAACAUCCAGAUAGUUGCAUGUUGGUAAUGAUAUAUAUGAUGUGUAUGUUGGGUGUGUGUACACAAAUACACAUAUACAAAAUAAAGUUUUUUAAUUGGGAUUUGCCAGCAUCCAAAAACCAUAUAUAUUUUAUAUAUUUGUGUGUGUAUAUAUACAUAUACAUAUAUAUGUGUGUGUUUAGAUUAGUACAGCAAAAGGACAUGUUUUCAUUACUAGGUCACUAUAACCAUGACCUGAUUAAGGUAGCAUUCAAUAUAUGUAAUUUAAACAGCAAAUUCUUCUCUAGUGUUGUUCAGAUUCCCUUUUCAUAAAGAUCUUGAUGUGAAUUGCUUCUCCCUUGAUUUUUCUUAAAGAAUCUGAUGUUAGCAGAGACAACAAUCUUUCAAGUCAAUUUAGACUUUGUAAAAUAAUUUAUAUAAUGUCCCUAUUAUAAAAUGAUAUUUGUUCAACAAAGAUAAGUCACAUAGCUAUGGACCAUGACAACUUUUUUGGUUUGUCUCAUAGUUGUUUUACUAUUACAACCUAUUACCAAUUUGCACAUUUAUGAUUGAUAUAGUAUAAUUCCAUGCUGAUAUUUUAAUUACUUCUCUUUCUAGACUUUUCCUUCCAUAUCUUUAGUGAUUAUAUAAAGCAUUAUUUUCAUUGACGAUUCAUAAUUCAGCCCAUGCACAUGAACUGCAGUAGUUUCUACACAAUACGUAAUAAACUACAUUAACUAAUAUUUUUUGUUGUCUACCUAAUACCAACAUUCAACCCAAGGAAAAUAAGUCUUUUGUUAAGUUUGAUAUCAUAUGGGAAAUCUGCAGUUUUUACCCUUCAGAAAGUUGUUUCUGGGUUAUGAAGGUUGAGUUUGCAUAUUAUAAAAUAAAAAUUUAUUUUACAGUAAAACUUUACUAGUUAAAAUUCUGACAUAAAAAAUACAUUAAAAUUUUCUAAAGUCUAAGGUAAUCUUCAUAUCAUCUGAUUCUUUAAAUAUGUUAAACUGCUCCAUCAUCUAGGUGUUUUCUAAUGAUUUUGUAUUUAACAUAAUCUAAAACACAGAUGGAAAACAUCUGGUCCUCAGCUUAAUGUCAUCCAGUUCACAAGGCAAGUAUCUAGAGCUAACUCUUCAUUUAUGCUUAUGGUUGGGAAAAUAUGUCCUAAUUUUAAAAGUAUUUGGCUUCAAUUUUAUAAGAGGCUACAUAAGAUACUAUGAAAACUUAUUUUUAUGUGAAUUUUGUGUUUGUAUUCUGUGAACUGCUUUUUCUAUUCAGUGUGUCUCUUGUGGAUGUCAUAUUCUAUCUGUCCGUGUCCAUCUCUUGAAUGGGAAUUGUUUCAUGUGCCUUUCUUUCUCAAAGUACUUAUGCCUGUUAUUUGAUGUGGCUCCCUGUGAUACAGAACUCCAUAGGCUUCUGAACUGCAGUUAGGGGUGGGGAUGUAGCUUGCCUUGUGUGCAUGAGACCCUAGCAACACACAUACACACACACACACACACACACACAGAUAUCAUUAUUUUAAAUCUGAUGUAUUUUUUACAUUUGUAUUUCUUGGUCUUAAUUUUAGAAAGGGGUAAAUUCAAUGUAUAAUUUGUAGAUUCAAGUCAUGUUUUACUUAUGUUCUUGCCUGAUGUUUCCUGUGGAUUUAUGAACAUUAACGGUUAGAAUCACCAUUGAAAUGGGAAAAUACCACAAUUGAAAGUAAAAUUGUAACUAAGACUUUGGUUUCAGAUAAUCCCAGCUUGGAUAGAUUUUAAUUAAUAAAAACUAUACUAAAGGAA